AUUAAAAAGGACUCCGCUAUCAGACUUUCAUAAGGAGCAUGGUGCCAAGAUGGUCCCUUUUGCUGGUUACUCCAUGCCAGUUCAGUAUAAAUCUGGACUUGUAAAGGAGCACCUUCACUGUAGAACAUCUGCAGCCAUCUUUGAUGUGUCACAUAUGCUUCAAAGCAGGAUCUAUGGAAAGGACAGGAUCAAGUUUAUCGAGUCAUUAACAGUUGCUGAUGUUGAAGCCCUGAAACCAAACACUGGUACCCUUAGCCUCCUGAUCAAUGACCAUGGAGGCAUUAUCGAUGACCUUAUCAUUAAUCAAACCUCUGAGGACCAUCUAUACAUUGUCUCCAAUGCAGGAUGUGCAGACAAAGAUCAAGCUCAUAUAAAGAACAAACUGGAUUCAUUUAUAUCAGAGGGUCAUGAUGUAUCAUUUGAACCAAUUACAGAUAUGGCAUUGAUAGCCCUGCAAGGCCCAGCCAUGGUCAGAGUGCUACAAGCUGGAGUUUCAGAUGAUCUCAGCAAACUGUCCUUCAUGUCAGGAGUUAACACCUCAGUCUUUGGUAUCCCAAAAUGUAGAGUGACAAGAUGUGGUUAUACCGGAGAAGAUGGUGUCGAGGUACUAAAGUUCUAUACUAUCUUUUCAUUUCUCUCUGUUUGCACUUUUUUUAGCUUGACUUAGAAAUGGAAUAACCACCCUUUUAAAGAAGCUUUGUAAAUGUUCAAUGAUACAUGAGGAAAUUGAAAUAACUCAAUUGCCUUCACAUGUAUAAAUUGAUUUAGCUUAAAACUUACCUUGCUUAGCAAGACCAGGACUAUGAGAUCCACAGGCAAAUUAUUCAAUGCGUCCCACAAAAAAAAACGAAACCGAGAUUUAGUGAUGAUUUAUAAUAACUUAAUCACAAAUGAUCUAUCUUUGUAAAGCUUAGAGGCCCCUCUUUCUUCCGGUAAGACACAGAAGAUUUCUCACUUAUUGGAGCGUUAUGGCCCAGUGGAUUAGUCUCUGGACUUUGGAACAGAGGGUCGUGGUUCAAAUUCUAGCCAUGGCGUAAUUUCCUUCAGCAAGAAAUUUAUCCACAUUGUGCUGCACUCAACCCAGGUGAGGUUUGUGGGUACCCAGUAGGAUUUAUUCCGUGAAUGCUUUGGCGCUUAUUAAUAUGGCGGCUCAGCUACAGCCAGGGUAAUAAUAUGAUACCAAGUAUCAAAGCGCAGUUGAGUAUAUGCACAUAGUAACUGCGCUAUAUAAAUGGACAUAUUAUUAUAUUCAUGUGAGUAAAACAGUUUGAAGAAAGGAUACCAAAAAGCCACUUGGCAGGUAGUGUCAGGGUUUUAAAGAGAAAACCACAUUUUUAAAAUGUUUUUUUUUCAAUAUCUGCUCUUUAAUUUUAUACCUCAAUCACAGAAAAUGGUCAAGAAAUAACAAAUUUCUGGUUAUUUGAAAUAAGGCUUCAAUUUCACUAAUUUCAUGAAAUGAAGAUGUUUUACAUGCUAGCUUUUAGACUUACUCUACACUAAGUUUUGUUGACAAUCAGCCAUGCAUAAAGUCUUUUUUUAACCAUGCAAUAGCGUAGGUGGGAAAGUGGUAAAAAUGUUUGUUAAGGCGAGGCGUCAAAACCCCAAAUGCGUUCCAACGCGUGCAUAGCCAUUGUUCCAUAAUGAGAGUGUGCAAAGGAGUUCCAAGAGAUUAGUACGAAGUACCGUUAUAUUCUACAUUAAAGCUAAUUUGCAUAAUCCGUACACGCUGGGGAACGGGGCAAUUAUUAUCUCGAUCGCUAUUGGCUAAUCCGCCGGAGCGUCGCACGAGAAUACACUGAAUAGUGCAGGUUCACAUACACACACACACAGCGCGCCAGCGUACACUUCACAUAAAAUGAGGUCAGUGUUCGGCGUGCACGUCGGAUCAACAUUUGCAGCGAAGCUUUGCAGCGAAUGCAGCGCGUGAGGUGCGGGCGGAUCUACGAGAGGGGGGAAUAGGGGUUGCCUGGGGCUAGCUUCCUGUACAAAGUACCAAUUUAAAAAGCAAAACGGUGGCGGAUUAGGACAUGCUUUUAAAUUGUUUUGAGGGGCGAAUGAGUGAAAAUUUACGUUGUAUACCUUUCGUUAUGAACUCCCGUUCUCCAUGACGAAAUAUAAUUGACGAAAGGAAAGUAAAACAGAAAAGAAGUCACAAACAUCUCAGAAUAGUUUGCAAUCUAUCAGGACAUGCUUUAUAAUUGAUUUUAGGUGUCAACAAGUUAAAAUAUAUUUGAUAUACCUUUCGUUGUGAUCCCUUGUUCUCCGUUAAGAAAUAUUAAAUACGUCUUUUCUUGACGAUGUUGGAAACGUAAAUAAAACAGAAUAGAAGUCACAAACAUCUCAGAUGGGUGUGCGAUCUAUCACAGCAUGUUUUAAAGCUGUUUUUAGGGGUCAACAAGUUAAAAUAGAUUUGAUAUACCUUCCGUUAUGAUCCCCUGUUCUCCGUAAAGAAAUAUUAAAGACGCAUUUUCUCGACGAUGUUGGAAACGUAAAUAAAACAGAAUAGAAGUCACAAACAUCUCAAAUUGGUGUGCGAUCUAUCAGGACCUGUUUUACAAUUGUUUUUAGGUGUCAACAAGUUAAAAUAGAUUUGAUAUACCUUUCGUUAUGAUCCCUUGUUCUCCGUUAAGAAAUAUUAAAUACGUCUUUUCUCGACGAUGUUGGUAACGUAAAUAAAACAGAAUAGAAGUCACAAACAUCUCAAAUGGGUGUGCGAUCUAUCAGGACAUGUUUUAAAAUUGUUUUUAGGGGUCAACAAGUUAAAAUAGAUUUGAUAUACCUUUCGUUAUGAUCCCCUGUUAUCCGUUAAGAAAUAUUAAAGAUGCAUUUUCUCGACAAAGUUGGAAACGUCGAUAAAACAAAAUAGAAGUUGGUAGCAUCUCAUAUUGAUUGGUGAUACAUAUUUUUCGAGCGGUCAACAAGUUAAAAUAUAUUUGAUAUACCUUUCGUUUUGAUCCCUUGUUGUCCGUUAAAAAUAUUAAAUACGUCUUUUCUCGACGAUGUUGGAAACGUAAAUAAAACAGAAGUCACAAACAUCUCAGAUGGGUGUGCGAUCUAUCAGGACAUGUUUUAAAAUUGUUUUUAGGUGUCAACAAGUUAAAUAAUAUUUGAUAUACCUUUCGUUGUGAUCCCUUGUUCUCCGUUAAGAAAUAUUAAAUACGUCUUUUCUCGACGAUGUUGGAAACGUAGAUAAAACAAAAUAGAAGUCACAAACAUGUCAGAUGGGUGUGCGAUCUAUCAGGACAUGUUUUAAAAUUGUUUUUAGGUGUCAACAAGUUAAAAUAGAUUUGAUAUACCUUUCGUUAUGAUCCCUUGUUCUCCGUUAAGAAAUAUUAAAUACGUCUUUUCUCGACGAUGUUGGAAACGUAAAUAAAACAGAAUAGAAGUCACAAACAUCUCAAAUUGGUGUGCGAUCUAUCAGGACAUGUUUUAAAAUUCUUUUUAGGUGUCAACAAGUUAAAUCAUAUUUGAUAUACCUUUCGUUGUGAUCCCUUGUUCUCCGUUAAGAGAUAUUAAAUGCGUAUUUUCUCGACGAUGUUGGAAACGUAGAUAAAACAAAAUAGAAGUCACAAACAUCUCAGAUGGGUGUGCGAUCUAUCAGGACAUGUUUUAAAAUUGUUUUUAGGUGUCAACAAGUUAAAAUAGAUUUGAUAUACCUUUCGUUGUGAUCCCUUGUUCUCCGUUAAGAGAUAUUAAAUACGUCUUUUCUUGACGAUGUUGGAAACGUAAAUAAAACAGAAUAGAAGUCACAAACAUCUCAGAUGGGUGUGCGAUCUAUCACAACAUGUUUUAAAGCUGUUUUUAGGGGUCAACAAGUUAAAAUAGAUUUGAUAUACCUUCCGUUAUGAUCCCCUGUUCUCCGUAAAGAAAUAUUAAAUACGUAUUUUCUCGACGAUGUUGGAAACGUAGAUAAAACAAAAUAGAAGUCACAAACAUCUCAGAUGGGUGUGCGAUCUAUCAGGACAUGUUUUAAAAUUGUUUUUAGGUGUCAACAAGUUAAAUUAUAUUUGAUAUACCUUUCGUUGUGAUCCCUUGUUCUCCGUUAAGAGAUAUUAAAUGCGUCUUUUCUCGACGAUGUUGGAAACGUAGAUAAAACAAAAUAGAAGUCACAAACAUCUCAGAUGGGUGUGCGAUCUAUCAGGACAUGUUUUAAAAAUUGUUUUUAGGUGUCAACAAGUUAAAAUAGAUUUGAUAUACCUUUCGUUGUGAUCCCUUGUUCUCCGUUAAGAGAUAUUAAAUGCGUCUUUUCUCGACGAUGUUGGAAACGUAGAUAAAACAAAAUAGAAGUCACAAACAUCUCAGAUGGGUGUGCGAUCUAUCAGGACAUGUUUUAAAAAUUGUUUUUAGGGGUCAACAAGACAAAAUAGAUUUGAUAUGCCUUUCGUUAUGAUCCCUUAAUUGUUCUCCGUUAAGAAAUAUUAAAGAUGCAUUUUCUCGACAAGUUGGAAACGUAAAUAAGACAAAAUAGAAGUCAGUUGGUAGCCUUUCAUAUUUGCGAUCUAUCAGGACAUCUUUUAAGAUUGUUUGAAGGUGUCAACAGGUUAAAAUAUAUUCUAUAUGCAUUUCGUUAUGAUACCUUGUUUUCCGUAAAGCAUAGGCGGUUCGGGGCGCGAGGGACUCCCUCCCCCCCCUUGGACGAGCAAAAAAAGAUAGAAAAAAGGGAAAAGAGGAGGGAAAAGAGAGGAGAAAAAAGAAGAGGAAGACGAGUGAAUAAAAUAAGAUGAGGGAAA